CUUAAUGGCAUUAUCUACAAUAUUUGCUUGUACCUUUCCAAAUGCAACAUUUCUUGUAUUUUUUGUAAUUCCUGCACCUGCAAUUGUGGUUGUAGGUUUAUACGCUCUUUAUGACAUUUAUAGAGCUUGGAAUGUAUCACAUGGUAAAAUAGAUAGUGCAGGUCAUCUCGGUGGUGUAGCUUUCGGAUUUAUACAAAGCUUUGGAGAGGAAGAAUCUAAAUAUCUGUAUGUGUUAAAACAGUAA